AUGUCAAGUGGUCGAAUUCAAGUGAGAAAUGACUGGAUUCUUCAGGAACACGAUCGUAAUCAGUCUUUCUUUCAACAGAAUCAAGAAGAGUUUGAUAAGGCAAUCAAAGUUUUGAGUUGGAACAAAUGGCUUCUGUCGGCGCUCGGACUUUGGCCUCGCAAUCCAAACAGUAUAAUUUUCAUCGUCAAUUUCGGAUAUUUCGUGUACAAUAUGAUGUGUGAAUAUCUAGAUUUGUUUCUUUUCAUUGAUAAUCUCGAGCACGUCAUCGAAAAUUUGACGGAGAAUAUGGCAUUUACGCAGAUACUUGUGCGUAUGGCAAUGCUCAAAAGAUAUAAUCGACAACUCGGUGAAGUGAUCAAUGAAGUGUUCAAGGAUUAUGAUGCGAAAACUUACAGAAAUCCGGAAGAGAGUCAAGUUUUUCUGGACUACAUGAAUAAAGCAAAGUUAUUUGUUAAAUUGUUAUGUGCAUUCGUGACGAUGACGGCAACAUCGUAUUAUGCUAAACCGAUAACGAGUCCACCACCACCUCCGGAAAAUGAAGGGAUAGAUAGUGCGGUCAAUGCAACAAUGCCAUUUCUACUGCCAUAUCGAUUCCACAUUUUCCAUAAAGUUGAUGACUUUCGGACAUAUGCUAUCACAUAUGCAUCACAAUUCCCAUUUGUUUUUGUGAGUGGAUUAGGACAGACAGCGGCAGACUGUCUCAUGGUGACUCUUGUCUUUCACGUGAGCGGUAGACUUUCAGUUCUUGCCAUGAGGAUAUCCUCCGUGAAGACCAAUGUUGAUAAUUGCAGAGCAGAAUUGGGAGAGAUUAUCAUUGAACAUAAUCGAUUGUUGAAGAUGGGACAGAAUAUUGAGGAAGCAUUCAGUGAAACAUUGCUGGCGCAUUUGGUGGGAGCGACGGCUCUGGUGUGCAUCCUUGGAUAUCAGUUACUAGUGAAUUACGCAAAAGGCCAAAGCGCUGAUCUUGCAACAUUUUUUGUAUUCAUAUUCUUGGUUUUUUUGGUGCUAUACGCCCACUGUGUGGUCGGUGAAAGCUUAAUUACAGAGAGUAACAAGGUGUGUGAAGCAUAUUACGACUGCUUGUGGUAUGAAAUGACCCCGGAAACAGCAAGAGUUAUCAUUCUGUGCAUGGCAAGAUCGCAGAAGCCCCUUGGUUUAACAGCCGGAAAGUUCGGAUCAUUUUGUCUCAGUACUUUGACAGACGUGGUGAAAACAGCUAUGGCUUACUUAUCCGUUCUACGAUCAUUCCUCCUAGAAUGA